CACAGGCCUCUGCAGGUGCUAAAGUGGGGAUUGUAUCUGAGCUGCAUCGGAGGCGAAAUUUCCUAAACCAUGGCCUCAGCUACAGACCCACGCUAUGGGCAGAAGGAGUCCGCAGACCAAAACUUUGAUUACAUGUUCAAAAUCCUCAUCAUCGGCAACAGCAGUGUGGGCAAGACUAGCUUCCUGUUCCGUUACGCGGACGACUCAUUCACACCUGCCUUUGUGAGCACCGUAGGAAUCGACUUUAAGGUGAAAACAAUCUACAGGAACGACAAAAGAAUCAAACUUCAAAUUUGGGACACAGCAGGGCAGGAGCGCUACAGGACAAUCACCACAGCCUACUACCGAGGCGCCAUGGGUUUCAUCCUCAUGUAUGACAUCACCAACGAGGAGUCCUUCAACGCGGUGCAAGACUGGUCGACCCAGAUCAAGACCUAUUCAUGGGACAAUGCCCAAGUACUGCUGGUGGGGAACAAGUGUGACAUGGAGGACGAGAGGAUCGUGGCCGGAGAGAGGGGCCGGCAGCUGGCUGAACAGCUAGGUUUCGAAUUCUUCGAGGCCAGCGCCAAGGACAACAUCAAUGUCAAGCAGACUUUUGAGCGGCUGGUAGACGUCAUUUGUGAGAGGAUGUCGGAGAGCCUGGAUGGCGGCGACCCAGCCGUCGCUGGAGGAAAGCAGGGCCCAAGUCUCGCAGAGCAGCCCCAGCGUAGCAGCCAGGACUGUGCCUGCUGAAGAUUCUCCUGCCCCACACCAUCACCACCACCACCACCACCACCAUCACCGCAACCACUACCACCAACACCCGAUUCACCUCCCAACCCUGCCCUCCCUCCUGUCUGCCAAGCACCUGAAGACCAGGUCUGUGCAGGACAUGUGGGUUUGAGGGCCUGGCAUAAGGCUCGGCUCUCCGACCCAGUGUAAUACCUAGGUGUAUUUGAUGAAUUCAUUUUUUGUAUUAUUAUUAUUUAUUUCUAAGCAACAAUUUAGUAUGGAAAGGUCAAGGUCACAGUCAAUUGACUUUUAUUACAAUGAAGGGAAACUUGAAUUUGCAAACCUGUGGGUUGAUAGGGAAUAGAGCUGUGCAAGUCUGUGUGCACGGUCUGCCAUACGCCAGAACUAGAUACGGCUUGAUCUGAACACUCACAGGUGCUUACCACUUCCUCUGUUCUCUGUCUGGGGUGCAUUUCUCAAAAGAGAAGUUGUUAGCCUGUUAGCAACUUCGGUAGUUGACGAAUUGGAAAAUGCUUUGAAAACAACAAAGUAGCUAAUGUAGUAAGCAACUUUGGCUUCGAGAAAUGCACCCCUGGCUUGGCCUCUGGCCAUGGUGUUACACGUCACCAGAGCAAUUUUUUAAACUGUUGUUCAUCCCUUUUUUAAUCCUAAUUGUUUAGUCAGGAGGGCAAAAAAGAGUUUUUUUUGUUGUUUGUCAGUUAAGCAGUGAAGAGUUUAUAUGUAUAUAUUAUGCAAAACUAAUUAGAUAAGAAUUUUAAAAAAGAUAUAAAGAAGAAAGAUAUGAAGAUAUAAAGAAAAUUAUUAUGAUCCAGUAUGACAAGCCUAUUAAAAAAAUAAGUGUACAAUAACAUGAGGUCAGGUAAAUGUUACAAAUAUUUGUGGUUUGUGUGAAUGAUGCGAGGUGUUUACUUGUUUACUCUUUCUUUUUUAAUGUAAAACAUUCCCCUAAACUGUUACCAAUCCACGUCCUCUGUCCACCUCUGUGUAGUGGAGCUCUAUUUGUCUGUGCUGUUAAGACGUUUAUCAUGUAACAUGUAAGUGGUAAGAUACAAUCUCAAAAACCUGUCAGAGGAUACGUGUGCCCACUCUUAUCCUUAUCCACACACUCCACUGGAAGUGUGCAGUGAUACUCUUGUGGGUACAGAGACCGCUGGCUUUUGCACAGCUGCUUUUCAGAGUAAGUCUAUAUGUCUGUGUGGCUUUCUUUCUUUCUUUCUUUCUUUCUUUCUUUCUUUCUUUCUUUCUUUCUUUCUGUCUUUCUUUUUUUAAAUCAUGUUCUGUGCUUGAAUAUUGAUUGACUGAUAUCUGAGCUUCAUCAGGUUAAAAAUGGAUGCAUCAGGGCAAUGGCGCGCUAUGGGGAAAAAAUCAUAGUGAUACCAAUCAUGGGAUAAUUGUCCAUUUGUUUUUAUGUACAGUAUUUCUACAUUAUUUAAUAAUUUAUUUAUUAAUUUAUUUAUUUUGCAUUUGUAUUCAUUGUGUAAAAUUGCACUCUGUCAUAGUGGGGUUUUUUUUUUAAGAAAAUGCAGUUGGCAUAAUCUUACUGUUUUAAGAAAGGACCACCAGAUCUCCACCUAUUCCAUGUAGACUGUAGCCUGUGAGUAUGCUGCAGACUCCAGAAAAGUGGACUGAAGUAAUGAAGUUCGGGAAAAAAAUCAAAUGAAAUGAAUAAAUCGAAAGGGAAGAGUUAAACACUUGAAAGUCAGCAUGAGCCACACUCCCGUCAGUCCAUUCCAAAGAUAUGCCGGUAUCCCUUGCUGACUGUAUAAAAGCUAUUGUCCAACAAACCAAUCCAAGUAGGCAAUGGCUUUCUUACAGCAAUCAAAUGGGUCAGAUCUGACACCAGGAUUUACUUCAAUUAGUUUGUGUUUGUCAUCUGAGUCGUAUGUGCUGGAGUGUGAGAUGCUCGUUGAAACUGCCAAGAGUGAGCGUUGCUCUUUAUGUUAAAGGGGUAUGCCACUAUUUUGGGGCUUAAUACAGUUGAAAUCGUUUGCCAGGGUUUAUAAAGGUGGUAAAGUGUCUUAUUUUUCAUGUUAAGCGUUGUCUUGCUUUAAGACAAGUUAAAAGAGGGAGCAUGUCGCUAAGCUAGUGAAAGUCAAUGGAUCCGUGUAGCAUGCUACGAUGCUACAUGGAUCCACUGACUUUCACUAGCUUAGCGACAUAUUCCCUCUUUUAACUCGUCUUAAAGCAAGACAAUGCUUAACAUGAAAAAUAACACACUUUACCACCUUUAUAAACCCCAGCCAACGAUUUUAACUGUAUUAAGCCCCAAAAUAGUGGCAUUUUCCUUUAAGGCUGUGUUAGUGUAUCGAUGGUGUAAUGCGGCAGCUGUAGACAUGCCUUGACCUAGUUCCCUGAAGUAUCACUAUGCUGUCUUCCUUGCUGUGAAAGAAAAAAAAGAAAUUUCUGGGAUUUAAGAUGCUGUUUGUGUGAAAAGUAUUGUAAUGUUGUAUCUUCAGGUGUCUGGAAGGAAAUAAAACCAAAAAAUGAUCACCUUUGUGAAUGACUU